UGGUGGCGGAACACAAUAUUCAAGAACAAGGAGGGCACCAAGUGCAAAUAACAAACAAUCUUGAAGCCCUAGAAGCCGUUUCCUCCCCCUCCCCAUUUUCUCGCCUUUCCAUAUAAAAAACACAGACACAGUACAAUCGCCACGAAUCAUCCUAUUCAUUUCCUCUCUCUGUAGAAUUCUUAAAACGAAACCAUUCAAUUUCUCUAAAAUCACUCCAUUCUCUCGUUUUCUCCUCAGAUCCGUACCAUUCUGACCCUCGAUUAUACAUCUCCUCCCAACGGAAGCCCCACCUCUUCACUCCCUCACUGAACCAGUGAUACCCUCCUUUUCCUCUCUAUUUUACUAUUUUACCCCGUCAGAUAACCCUGUGUUUUCUUUUCUCCCUCCACACUGUAUAAAUUUUCAACUUCCAACUUACAGAAGAAACCUCCAGUCUUUAAUUCUUCGAACCAAAACGCUUCCGUUUGAAUCUCAUUGAUCCUUUUUCCUAGUUAGGGUUAGGCUUCUAUUUUGUGAUGAACAACAACAAUAGAGGAAGGUAUCCGCCGGGGAUCGGUGCCGGUAGAGGCGGAGGUAUGAACGCGAACCCUAAUUUUCAAUCAAGGGUUCCGCAACAGCAGUAUGUGCAGAGAAAUUUCGGGCAAAAUCAUCACCAACAACAAUACUAUCAGCAUCAACAGCAUCACAAUCAGCAGCAGCAGCAGCAGCAGCAGCAGCAGUGGUUGAGGAGGAAUCAGUUAACUGCUGCGGAUUCGAGUAUUGAUGAGGUCGAAAAGACUGUUCAGUCUGAGGCUGUUGACUCGAGUUCACAAGAUUGGAAGGCAAAGCUAAAGAUACCACCAGCAGAUACGCGAUACAGAACUGAGGAUGUGACAGCCACAAAGGGGAAUGAUUUCGAGGACUAUUUUCUGAAGCGUGAGUUGCUUAUGGGAAUAUACGAGAAGGGUUUUGAAAGACCAUCUCCUAUUCAGGAAGAGAGCAUACCAAUUGCUCUUACUGGUAGCGAUAUUCUUGCUAGAGCUAAAAAUGGGACAGGGAAAACAGCUGCAUUUUGCGUCCCUGCCCUGGAAAAAAUUGACCAAGAUAACAAUUUUAUUCAAGUUGUGAUACUUGUGCCAACACGUGAGUUGGCUCUUCAGACAUCACAGGUUUGUAAGGAGCUAGGGAAGCAUUUGAAAAUUCAAGUGAUGGCCACCACUGGCGGUACGAGUCUAAAAGAUGACAUUAUGCGUUUAUAUCAACCAGUCCAUUUACUUGUCGGAACUCCAGGAAGAAUACUUGAUCUUGCAAAAAAGGGCGUGUGUAUUUUGAAAAACUGUUCAAUGCUUGUUUUGGAUGAGGCCGAUAAGCUUUUGUCUCCAGAGUUUCAACCUUCAAUAGAGCAGCUUAUUCGUUUUCUUCCUUCAAAUCGUCAGAUUUUGAUGUUUUCAGCUACAUUUCCAGUUACUGUUAAGGAUUUUAAAGAUAGAUAUCUAGAGAAGCCUUAUGUUAUCAAUCUUAUGGAUGAACUUACUCUCAAGGGUAUUACACAAUAUUAUGCUUUCGUUGAAGAACGACAGAAAGUCCAUUGCCUGAACACUCUUUUCUCUAAGCUGCAAAUAAACCAAUCAAUCAUCUUUUGCAACUCAGUGAACCGGGUAGAAUUACUGGCCAAGAAGAUCACAGAACUUGGCUAUUCAUGUUUCUAUAUCCAUGCAAAGAUGUUACAGGACCAUCGCAACAGAGUAUUUCAUGACUUCCGCAAUGGUGCAUGCAGGAAUCUUGUCUGUACUGAUCUUUUUACCAGGGGUAUAGACAUCCAAGCAGUGAAUGUUGUUAUAAACUUUGACUUCCCCAAGAACGCAGAGACAUACCUUCACAGGGUUGGUCGAUCAGGAAGGUUUGGACACCUUGGUUUAGCUGUGAAUUUGAUCACUUAUGAGGACCGUUUUAACCUGUAUAGGAUUGAGCAGGAACUUGGAACUGAAAUUAAACAAAUUCCUCCACAUAUUGAUCAGACAAUAUAUUGCCAAUAACCUGUGGUAGAUGCCUCUGUCUUUGCAUUCAACAAUGGCGAGUAGCAUCAGUGAUUAGCAAUGGGUUCAAGCUGUCCAAUUCAAGAUGAAAUAGCUCUGCAUCCGAGGGAAACUUCUAAGAACUAAAUAUUAAUUGUGGAAGGCUUAUGAUUGCUUUAUGCAUUUAAUCCUGGAAUGCUUUAGUUAGUUUCUGGAUGGAGUUUUAACGGAUUAUGAAAUCCCAGAUAGAUAGAUGCUUGGUCCAGUUCUGGUGUUGCGUUUGAUUUCAUUAAUGCUCUGGUUUCAUAUUAUCUGCUCUUAGUUUUCUUACUGUUGAAAUGAAGGCUGUACUCCAUGGAGAUAAGAUCAGUUACUCCUCUCUUGCACUCUUCUUCCGUUAAUAAAGUCAUUAACCUAGGAAAUCCCCUGGAGCGUGUUUUUUUGUA